CAACCUGUCUCCCUGCCCUGCCGUGUCCUUCCCUCCCGCUCCGUCCGUCUCCAUCCGUCUCCAUCCAUCCAACAUUAUCAACCCGUCAACUGUUCCAAAUAUCAUCACACCGCAUCCUCAACCUCAACAUCGCCAUCGCCAUCGCAUCACCAUCGUCGUCAUCCUGCCGCCCGCCGCCUCCACCCACCGCCCACCGUCCAUCGCUCGCCCCCCUCCACCCUCCUCCAUCCUCUCUCCCCACACCUCCGACCUCCGCAGUAUCCGUUUUUCUCCUCUCGGCCCCAGACCGUGGUGUGACUUCAUCCUGCAUCCCACCGAACCGCGCUUCUCUCGCCUCCCUCUCCUCCGUCCCUCCUGGCAUGGCCUCUGUUCCUCCACGGCCACCGCCUCCGCCUUAGACCACGGUUCCAUGUAAUCGCCCAACCGGUCCUGCAUCCUCCCCCGACAUGCUGCGACGACCUCCUGGCGAGGGACGUCGGCCCUCUCAGCAACAGAAACUCCUCCUCGCCUUUGCCAUCAUCCUCCUGCCCUGGAUCCAGCUCGUCGACGCUCAGCAGCAGCACCGACCCGCCGCACAACCCCUCCCGCACCUAAACCACCCCGGUGGCAGCAGCCAACAGCUCUCCGACGAUGACACCGUCCACCAAUGGGCUGCCACGCCCAUCAACGUCGUCGGUGCCUCUCGCGAGACCCUCGAGGCCCUGAAGAAGCGCCAGCUACAGCAGCCACCUCACCUCCCGGGAAACCUCCCAGAGCAACUGAAGCACAUCACCAACCGAAAGAAUCGAAAGAAUGACCCCCAAAACAUCAUCAUCCCUGACGAUGCGAGCGCCCUCGCAACUUUGGCUCCGGCUCAGUCCGUACGAGCACCACCCCCUUCACGACAUCAACGGCCCAGCAGCAUCCCUGCCUCUGGGCUGACCUCGCCGCAGAAUGCGCGGAGUCUGGAGGACUGGGAAGUAGAAGACUUUGUUCUUAUGGCGACCGUCGAUGGAGAUCUCUACGCCAAUGACCGACGCACCGGAAAGGAACGUUGGCAUCUCGAAGUCGACCAGCCCAUGGUUGAGACGACCCAUCAUCGAUCUAACCAGUCCCUCCUCGACGACGACUACGACCCCAUCGACCACUACAUCUGGGCUGUCGAGCCCAACCGCGAUGGAGCAAUUUACGUCUGGAUCCCCGACUCCAACGCCGGCCUUGUAUGGACCGGCUACACUAUGAAGAAGCUUGUCGAAGACCUAGCUCCCCACGCCCAUGACACCCCGGCAGUGGUUUACACUGGCGACAAGAAAACCACCAUGAUUACUCUUGAUGCAGCCACCGGCAGAGUGCUGAAGUGGUUUGGCGCCAGUGGGUCUCAUAUCAACAAAGCGGAAAGCUGCCUUCGCCCCAAUACCCUGUACGACAAGGACAAUGAAGAGUGUAGCUCCACAGGUACCAUCACUUUGGGACGGACCGAGUACACUGUCGGCAUUCAGCGCCGUGUCGACGGCCGUGCAAUUGCAACUCUCAAAUACUCGGAAUGGAGUCCCAACAACUUCGACAACGAUCUCUACCAGCAGCAUAUUUCCUCCCUCGACAACCGAUACAUCACCAGCCAGCAUGACGGCAGAGUGUAUGCACUUGAUUACUCACGUUCCGACAAGAUCGAGCCGCUCUUUAGUGAAGACUUCUCGGCCCCCGUCGCUCGUGUCUUUGAUGUCUGUCGACCAUGGGAUGCUACACUGGAGAGCAACCCAGACCUGGUUGUUCUACCCCAGCCACCAAUACCGUCUGAGGAUAGAACGAUUACCCGGAUGCGUAGCAACAGCAUCUUCCUGAAUCAGACCAGGACUGGGAGCUGGUACGCCCUGUCCGGCCGUUCAUACCCUCUCAUCAUCAAUGCCCCCAUUGCCCAGAUAUCUCGCCCUGACUGGUUGGAUAUCGCACCUGCCUGGGAUACCAUCAACCAGGAACAGCUUUCAAAGGCCUUGGUCGGGACACAUUUCCUCGAGAGCGUCCGAGGUAGUUACCAGAAACCACCCAGUCUAGAUGCAGGCCCGAAUGACGGCCUCGAUGCAUACGAUGGCUAUGAUGACAAGGACAAGGACGCCGAGUCAAGACUUCCAGCACUUGUCGAUUAUGAGGAACCAACCAUCAUCACCAAGUUCAAGCUGUUGCCUCAGAGUGUCGUAAAAAGCGUCACCGAGUUCAUCAGCAACCCCAUCCUCAUAAUCCUCUUCGUUGUGGCGUUGAUCUACAAUGAGAAGAAGCUUCGACGAUCGUACCAUCAGGCUCGGAGCAAAGGAUUCAUCAAUCAGCUUCAAUAUUACCUCUCCGCAAACCCAGAUCCCCAGCUGAUCGAGGACGACUAUCAAAGUGACAGGGAGGAAAUAUUGGGCUCACUGCCUAAAGAGCCUGUUGAAGAAAAGAAGGCAGAGAAGAAGCCUGAGAAGCUUGAUGGUACGACUCCUGGACCCACCCCUACAGACAAGGAGACGCCAGAGACAAGUGACAAGGUGGAGACUGCGGACAGGGAAGCAACACCUAAGUUACCUGAGGAGGUCUCCAUUGACUCCCCUUCCCCAGCCAAUUCCUUGGACGGUGCUGAGACAGCGGCACCUCCCGAGAAGAAGAAGAAGGCGCACAGGGGACGCCGAGGAGGUCAGAAACACCGCAAGGCGGCUCGGGCACGGGAAUUGUCUCAAUCUCGCGAAGAUGAUCCUGGUCAGAGUGUCGAGGACGCCGUCAACAACGCCAAGAAGCUGGGCGAUCGACCAAGUCUGGAGCCUGAUGUCAUGACAGUUGCCAACGAUAUGUCGUCUGUCACCGGUCCAAUCAUUCGCAUGGGGAACAUUGAAGUCAACACCGAUGAGCAAUUGGGAACGGGCAGCAACGGAACCUUGGUGUUUGCUGGAAAGUUUGAUGGCCGAGAUGUGGCUGUCAAGCGGAUGUUGAUUCAAUUUUACGAUAUCGCCUCUCAGGAGACUAGGUUGCUCAGGGAGAGUGAUGAUCAUCCAAAUGUCAUUCGAUACCAUUCGCAACAGAUGCGCGACGGCUUCCUCUACAUCGCCUUAGAACGUUGUGCUGCUUCGCUAGCCGACGUGGUAGAGAAGCCUCAAUUCUUCCGAGACCUCGCCAACGCUGGAAAACAUGAUCUUCCAAACGUGCUUUACCAGAUCACGAAUGGAAUUAGUCAUCUCCAUGGUCUCCGCAUCGUCCACCGAGAUCUGAAACCGCAGAACAUUCUCGUCAACAUGGGUAAGGACGGCAAGCCCCGACUGUUGGUUUCGGAUUUUGGACUUUGCAAGAAGCUCGAGGGUGGCCAGUCUUCCUUUGGCGCUACCACUGGCAGGGCGGCAGGAACUUCUGGAUGGCGUGCUCCCGAGCUUUUGCUUGACGAUGACGCCCGUGAUUCUGGGUUGAUGGAUAUGAGCACUCAAAGUGGCUCCAAUUCCGUCCUCGUCAACGACAGCAUGGUCCACAACCGCCGAGCUACACGUGCUAUUGACAUUUUCUCGCUCGGAUUGGUCUUCUUCUACGUCUUGACGAAUGGCUCCCAUCCCUUCGACUGUGGUGACAGAUACAUGAGGGAAGUCAAUAUUCGCAAGGGCAACCAUAAUCUGAGCCCCCUUGAUGCCCUCGGUGAUUUCGCCUAUGAAGCGGACGAUCUCAUCGCGUCAAUGCUGCAGGCCGACCCUAAGAGGAGGCCAACAGCAAGGGACGUCAUGUCGCAUCCAUUCUUCUGGUCAGCGAAGAAGAGAUUGGCCUUCCUCUGUGAUGUGUCAGAUCACUUCGAAAAGGAACCCCGAGAUCCGCCAUCGUCGGCGCUCGCUGAGUUGGAGAGGCACGCACCAGAGGUUACCAGGGGCGAUUUCCUCCGAGCUCUGCCAAGGGAAUUUGUCGACUCUCUUGGCAAGCAGCGCAAGUACACUGGCACUCGGCUUUUGGACUUGCUACGAGCUCUGCGCAACAAGAAGAACCACUACGAGGAUAUGCCGGAUAAUUUGAAGCGGACUGUCGGUCCCCUGCCGGAUGGCUAUCUGGCGUUCUGGACAGUGCGCUUUCCGAUGCUGUUGUUGGUCUGUUGGAACGUGGUGUACAACGUGCAAUGGGAAGAGACGGAUCGAUUCAGAGAGUACUACGAGCCCGCGGCACUCUGAUCUGCGUGGUUUAAAAGGUGCCACGUGAUGUAUUGAUGGAUUAUCAUGCAAAGCUUUAGUGUAGCGGAAGACGGCAAAUUGGCUGAAAAGAAUUUAAUCAUUUCGUCGUUCAA